AUGUAUUGGAACUCUCUUUGUACCCUCGACAUGAGAUUGCACGAUGUCUACUUUGUACUUUGUGUUCUCGGCGAUCUCGACCGGAGUGCACGGACCACAGGUUGCCUCGGCGAAUCUGCAGACGCGAUUUGCAACCGACGGAACGCUGCUGCACCACCUCCGUUGAGUGUUCACGCCUUCGCUCCUUCACCUUCGAGUCCUACAUGGGCUGGAAAAGGCAUGGCGUCUCUCUUUGCUUCGGCCGGCUCUCUCAUCUCACGUUACACCGGUCGCAACUUCGCCACCCAAACACCUUCUACCCCGCUGGACUCGAGAUCCGAGGCGAAUGCAUCGGCCGACCAGCCUGCAGCAAGCCUUGACGCAGAAACUCCGAACCCACCCUCGAUAGAGACCGAGGAGGACUCUCCGCAGACUACACCCAAGGCCUCGGCGUCAAAUGCGCCACUGCCCAUUCUUUCAGUCCCGACCCUGAACUUGGACGGAGACACCAGCAACAAGGACACUACUAGCGUCGCAGCGUCUUCUACAGAAAACAGCCAUGGAUCUUCCAAGCAGACACCAUCUGCGAAGCUCGACAAUGGUCCUUCGGAAGCCAUGUCCCAGAAGCCUCUCAUGGCACCCACUCUAGUGCCUCAACCGAAACAACAACCGACCCCCUCCACAACAUCAUCUAACACAAACGCAUCCUCACUGAUGCCUCCUCCCUCCGUCCCUCGCCUCCGACCAACCGGCACACAAUCUACAAACCAGCUCCAACCCCCUCAACCCAGCGCCAGUAGUUCUCUCCGCCCACCUCCAUCUGCCGCAGCAGGUCUGCGCGUCCCUCCCACCAGCAGUGGCGGUAGCCGCCUCAGCAGCAGUACGCUGGCCCCAGUCCCCGUGAAGAAAUCCACAUCGCGGAAAGUCGUUCUCGAGCCCGGAUAUUCUCCGCUGGACUGGGCAGCCCGUACCGCGGACCCAAAGAACCAGCUCCGCGGCGCCAACAUGCCCCCGGGUUACUUGCGCGUUACCCCAUCGAUGCUGAAGGCGCAGAACGGGCGGAAGGGCCGCGAUGCCUGGACUUCUUACCAGGGGAAGGUAUAUAAUAUCCAGCCAUACGUUCCCUACCACCCUGGCGGAAAGGGCGAACUCCUGCGCGGCGCGGGAAAGGACUCCGCGCAGCUAUUUCAGGAGAUUCACCCGUGGGUCAACUGGGAUGGGAUUCUUGGCGAAUGCCUCGUUGGGAUUCUGGUUUCGGAGAAUGAUGCCCAGGCGGAGAAUGCCUUGGAUGCGAUGGACUGA